AUGCGCUUGGCCAACAUUAUUCUGUGUGUGUCCUGCCUGAUUGCGGUGGCACAGAGUCACAGUUUGCCGCCAGCGGUGCAGUUGGGUGGUGCAAUUGUUGCCGCCGUUGAACAAGAUGCCGAACAGGAGGCAGUUGCUGAAGCAGCAGCAGCAGAAACAGCUGAGCAGCGGUGGCUUCAGCUGGCAGAGCAGAAGCUGCGAAUGCUCUUCAGUGAUGAGCUGAGCGCUGGUCAAGUGACUGAGGUCCUCGAAAACUGGACAGCCGAAGCUCGGGGCAAGCAUCGCAAACACAAGAAGAUGCUCAAGAUGCUUUAUCCACUGCUGGGCGCUGCGGUGCUGGCCAAGUUGGUGUUGCUGCCCUUGAUCUUGAAAUGGCUAACGGCGCUCUCGGCCUCAUCAUUUGUCAUGGGCAAAAUUGCGCUUGCCGCUGCUGGUCUUUUGGCCUUGAAGUCCAUGAUGACGCACGAUCGACUGGAGAUCGUGCAUGCCACAUCAUACGCACCAGCACUGAAGAGCUAUCAUGCAGAUCUAUCAUCGGCUGGCAGCAGUUGGAUGCCAAUCAAGCAGCAUUAUAUACCACUGAACGUGGCCAAGGAUGGAAAGAAUUUGUAUAAGCCAUUUCUAUAAGCGAUCGAAUUUGUCUGUUAAUGUUUAAUAUGCAGUGUUAGUUGUUAGCCAAUAGGCCCAAAUAAAACCACAUA